AACACACAACACACACACACACAGUCACACACACAUAUUGCAGUGAAUGACGAAAGAGAUCAGUUGUUGAUUCAAGAUGAAUCGACGACAACCCAGUUUCAAUUUUAAUGUGUUCACAUAAGAAAGAAAGAGAGAGGACAUGGAUGAACUCCUACAGAGAGUCGGACGUUUCCUCACUCUCAAGGGACGACAGUGUCCUGAGCAAAGAGUUAUAAAGAUACGAAGUACUUCGUUACUGGAGCCAGAGGUGGUGUCGAAAGAAGAGCGUUACUGUGACAACAGGAUCAAAUCCUCAAAGUACACGAUCCUGAAUUUCCUACCAAAAAAUCUGUUUGAACAAUUCCGGAGAAUUGCCAAUUUCUAUUUUCUCAUAAUGGGAUUAAUACAGCUGAUCAUCGACAGUCCAGUGAGUCCAGCCACCAGCAUCCUUCCCUUGCUCUUUGUCGUCUCCGUCACAGCAAUUAAACAGGGUUACGAGGAUUGGUUAAGGCACAAAGCUGAUAAUGAAGUCAACAAUCAGUUGGUAGAUGUCCUGAGUAAUGGAGAAUUGGAGAAAAUCAAAGCAAAGGACAUCAAGGUUGGAGACAUUGUUCGAGUAAGCAUCAACAAAGGUUUCCCCUGUGAUAUGGUUAUGAUCUCAUCAGAAAACUCUGAAGGUUCUUGUUACGUCACCACUGCCAACCUCGACGGGGAAACAAACCUGAAGACUUUCACCUCUGCUACUGAAACCAAAAGCUACCAAUCUGUGGAACAACUGAAAGACUUGAAUGCAACCAUUACCUGCAAACAACCUCUGGUGGAAUUGUACAACUUUGUUGGGUACCUCAGCCUCAAAGAAAAUGAAAACGAAGAAACUGAGAUCCCUUUGGGGACACAGAACCUACUUCUAAGAGGUGCCAGACUUCGUAACACACCAUUUAUCUAUGGUUGUGCUGUGUAUACAGGCCAACAAACCAAAAUGGCACUGAAUUCCAAAUUCAAGAGCGCCAAAGUUUCCGUAGUUGAAAGGACCAUGAAUGCUUACCUGAAGUUCUUUCUGUGUCUGUUGGUGAUUGAGGUCGGCGUCUGCACAGGAUUGCAUUAUUGGUUUGCAAUGAAUAUGGACAUGACAUCUUACUGGUAUCUCGAUGCUCAUGCACCUAUCACUGCAUCAAAAGUGGUCGAAGACUUCCUGGCAUUUCUUGUUAUCCUAAACUACACCAUUCCUAUCUCCCUCUAUGUAACUAUAGAAGUACAGAAGUUUAUUGGAUCAAAGUUCUUUGCCUGGGAUUUGUCGAUGUACGAUGAAGACCGAAAUCUUGCUGCCAAACCCAACACAUCCGAUCUCAACGAAGAAUUAGGACAAGUAGAAUACUUGUUCACUGACAAAACCGGUACAUUAACGCAGAAUUCCAUGAAGUUCCAGCAGUGCAUCAUCGGAGACAAGUGUUACAUAGACUUUAAGGACCAACUGUGUGAAAAACCCGAAGUACAUGAGGUCGAUCCAGAACCGGUGAAGGACAUCACCCAAGAAAUCAAAGAUUUCUUUGAAGUCCUGGCAUUGUGUCACACCGUCCGAGUGGAUUAUUCCAGAUUUAAGUCAAUCACCACAGGAAGACAUUACAGUGUUUCAGGCAUUGAAUACUGCUACCAGGCAUCGUCUCCCGAUGAGAAAGCAUUUCUCGAUGCUUGCAGAAAGUACGAGGUGGUGUUCCAUGGCACUUAUGAAUCCAAACUUCGGGUGUCGUUUCAAGGAGAUAUGAUGCAAUACAUUUUGCUUGAUUGCUUUGACUUUGAUUCUGACAGAAAGAGGAUGAGUGUCGUCGUAAAAAAUGAUAAAGAUGAAAUCUACCUCCUUUGCAAGGGGGCAGAAUGUGCCAUAAUGGACAGAAUUGUUAGCGGCCACAAAUGUUUAAUUUCCCAGCAAAUAAACUACUAUGCAAAGCUCGGUCUGCGUACUUUGGUAAUUGCUAGGAAACAACUGACACCAGAAGAGUACACGACAGCCAAGCAAAAGAUUGCAGAGGCGAAAAAAGAUUUGAAGAAUCGUGAAGAAAUGCUUUCCAAGGUUUUCAAUGAAGUAGAGGAUAAUCUCAUACUUCUUGGAGCGACUGGCGUCGAGGACAAACUGCAGGAUGGCGUUCCAGAGACAAUGCGGUGCUUGAGAGAUGCAGGAAUCAAAAUCUGGGUCCUGACUGGAGAUAAAGAGGAAACUGCUGUAAAUAUAAGUUAUUCUGCUGGCCAUUUUCAAGAAGGUUCCUUUGAACUUCGCCUCACCAAUUUCAAAAUCUCCAACAGCUCGGAUAUCGUAGACUGUCAAAUAGAAUUAAGGAAACAUCUAGACAUAGUCAAUGACAAACUGUCAUAUGGCUCCAGGUAUGUUCUGAUCGUUGAUGGUUCUACGCUUACCAUUCUGCUGAAACACAACAAGGAAGAUCUGCGCACCCUCUGCAUGGAAUGCUCAACAGUUCUCUGCUGUCGUCUGAUUCCACUGCAAAAAGCAUCGAUAGUAAAUUUAAUAAAGACAUCGAAAUUAAGGCCCAUAACUGCUGCCAUUGGUGAUGGUGCUAAUGAUGUCAGUAUGAUCCAAGAAGCCCAUGUGGGACUUGGAUUGUUUGGCAAAGAAGGCAGACAAGCGGUGCGGUGCAGUGAUUACGCAUUUUCACAGUUCCGAUUCCUGAUUCCAGCCCUACUUAAACAUGGCCACUACUACUAUGUCCGGGUGGCCAACCUCGUCCAGUAUUUUUUCUAUAAGAACAUAGCAUUCAUCACGACACAGAUAUAUUACGGCUACUUCAAUACAUUCUCUCAGCAGUCAUUAUUUGAAAGCUUCCUUCUUAUGUUCUACAACAUCACAUUCACUUCAUUACCUAUCUUCAUCUAUGGACUCUUUGAGCAAGACAUCAACUGUGCAGAACUGAUGACCAUUCCCACCAUUUACAGAGGAUACUACAAAAACAAAUUGUUGUCUGGGAAACAGUUUUUAAAGUGGAACCUUCUGGCUCUUUGGCAUUCACUGGUUGUGUACUUUGGGGUCCAAUUUCUGAUUUCUGAUGCUGCUUCAUUGUUCGAAGAUGGCAAAUCUAUUGGGAACUGGUCCUUUGGGUUCAUGGUUUACUUUGUGUGCACUGUCACUGUAAACUUGAAGCUGGCAGUGGAGACCUACUCCUGGUACCACCUCUUCGCAUUGUCCUUCAUCAUUACAUUUGUCGGAUCUUUUAUCCUUUUAUUUAUUUACGACAGUUUCCUGUGGAGUCAGUUCUUCGAUAGCAAUAACUUGUACAUGAUUCUCCAAAACAUCCUCACCAGUGGCGCAUUCUGGCUCUGCCUCAUCAUUCUACCUUGUGUUGCCUUGUUACCUGAUUACCUCAUCAAGUUCAUUUAUGAUGUCAAAUACCACAACAAAUUCCAAAGAGCAGGAUGCCUAAUUUAUUCAUCUCCAUCUAUUGAACUGCUAGGUUACAAGAAUGUAGGGGAUGCAACAUAA